AUUAUUAUUAUUAUUAUUAUUAUUAUUAUUAUUAUUAUUAUUAUUAUUAUUUAAAAAUACACAUACUGUGGGAUUCGGUAAUAUUUCGUUACAAUACAAAAAUUCAAUGGAUCGUUUGGGAAGCAAACUUCUUGAAAAGUUAAAACUGACCGACUCUGGCAGCGUUAAAUUCAAUAGAAAGAAAGACGACUCUUGUAAUCAUGCGCAAAACACGGCCAACGCCAAACCGGCCAGUAAAACAGAGAGGGGACCCCCAGCGUCUACUCAGGAGGAACUGCCCGGCUUGAACAGAGGGACCACCGGUGUGUAUCAGCAACUCGUCCCGGGCAAUGCGCAGCCGGCCCCUGCGGCUUCACUUGAGGCCUGCUCGGGAACCGGUCUCCGGUGCUCCCUGAGGCGGCCGCCUCUGACCCGGGACAGCCCCAGUGUGGAUGCUAACACUGGGGAGUAUGCAGUGGUUGAAUACGGCCGUGGAGCGGCCAUUGACCCACCAAGGGGUUACUUGCUGGAAGCACGACACAGCGCCGGUUUGCAACUAGCAGACUCUAACAUUGGGAAGGACUUCAGUGUCCAGGACAAUGAGUUUGAGCGGUUGAGCUGCAGGCGGCGCUAUUCUCUGGAAAUCCAGCAGCUGAUGCAGCAGCAGCAGCAGCACUUAGCAGGUUUGAAUCACCGUUUCAGUGGCAGCGAGUUUUAUGAGUCGCCCACACCCAUUGGGGAGCGACCCAAGCGGCUCUCCUUGCAGGAGUCUCCAACGAAACGCUUCAGCAGUGGCAGCGACUUUUCGGACAGGCACAGCUUUUUAUCCCCGCCGCAGUCGCGGCUAGACCCCGGCCCAAUUCCAAGUUAUUACCCCCCACCUUACAACAACGCUGGGAGCGGCAGCAACCCGGGCUUGAGUCCCCGUUCCUCUUACAGUCUCUACGAGUCCAUACUGACCAGUCCGCGAUCCAGCUUUGCCAGCACGGCCAGCGGGGGGGACUCCCGGACAAGUGUCAACUUCGAGAGCUGUUCGAGCAGCAACCGGACCAGCGGCAUCAGCAUGGGCUACGACUCGAGGUACGGCUUCGGGGGAUCGAGCACGGAGAGCCCGCAGUUAAGUGCCGGCCUGCAACAACUGCAUCUGGGUUGUCAGUUCUACCACAGCCCGCGCUCCAGCAUGGUCGUCGCAGCAGCAGCAGCAGGGGCGAGCGCCCGAGGCGGGUCGUCAGUUAAUUACAACCCACCGGCAUGUUGGGGAGCAGACUUUGAGGUCGGAGCCGCUUUUAGGCACCAGCAACGGGGGCUGUAUCAUGUGGGAAGCCCGGAUAAUCGUCACUCAUACCCUCCUGCUCUUGGUAGUCCAGCGGCGGCAAGUUUCUUCGAAAGGGACAUGGCUCGCCGCUCCGUUACCGGUUACCCUCAAGAGCAAGCCCGCAGCUCAGCCGGGGCCCGUUACCAAGAAGAGCUGGCGUACCUGCUGAGUCGAGAGCGCUGGUUAAAGGAACACGCCAUCAAGGGCGCCUCUGUUAGUGGGACUCUGGCUCAAGAAGCACAGGUGCCCACUGAUAUUCCAGCCGGAGCCCAGAAUACCCACAGUGCCCCCCCUGCUGCUGCACAGGCCAGCAAGCAACAGGGCGCUCUCGUCCACCAGGUCAGUUCCGCCCGGGUGAGCCACACUCUCACCCGGCCCCAGGAGCAACCGACGCGGGGUCAGCCAGGACGAGAGCCGGGGGAGUCGAAAGAGGAAUAUUUCGGGACGUGUAUGAAGUGUAACAAGCGGGUGUACGGAGCAGACAAUGCCUGUCAAGCGCUGGACAGUUUAUUUCACACGCGGUGUUUCGUCUGCAGCUCCUGUGGCAGGACAUUACGAGGGAAAGCCUUCUACAAUGUGAACGGGUCAGUCUAUUGCGAAGAGGAUUACAUGGUAAAAACAGCAAAGCCUGACCUCUCUUUCUCUGGAUUCCAGGAAGCUGCUGAGAAGUGCUGUGUGUGUGGGCAUCUCAUUCUAGAAAAGAUUUUACAGGCUCUGGGGAACAGCUAUCACCCUGGCUGUUUCCGCUGUGUCAUCUGCAACAAAGCCCUCGAUGGCGUUCCUUUCACUGUGGACUUCUCCAACAAGGUGUACUGUGUCACUGACUACCACAGGAUAUUCGCACCAAAAUGUUCCUCCUGCGGUCAGCCUAUUCUACCUGCAGGGGGCUCGGAGGAAAUAUUCAGAGUGGUCUCCAUGAAUAAAGAUUACCACUUCGAGUGCUACCACUGUGAGGACUGUGGGAUGCAGCUGAGCGAUAAGGAAGGUCAACAGUGCUUCCCAUUGGAGGGACACCUGCUGUGUCACUGCUGUCACCUGAGGAGAGCCAGCGUGCAGCCACAAACACCUUCCCUCGGCUACAACCACUGAGGCCCUGGGGUUCCACCCUACCUUCCGUAUGCACCUGCUAUUCCUUCCCCUGGGAAAAGAACCUACAGGGACAGGCAAACAAACAUAGUGUAAAACAGCUCUGAUUCCCUACGGAACGAGCAGAGGAACAAUCUUCUCUACAGCAGAAGGUGUUACUGGUUUCAGAACUUAUUUAUAUAAUAAUAAUUAUAUUAAAAAUAUAUUUUUGUUCCCCAUUACAUUAAAUAUAAAUCUGUCGGGAGUAGGAAACGAAAAGCACCUUGGUCCCCCCUCAUUACAGAAAGAGUAGUAGAACAGGUGCAGUUGAUUUCACACUUCAUUCAUACACUGGAUUCCUUUGAAUCUUUUUCAAAUUGUGUCGUUUUAUAAAUUGUGUUAUGUGAACAAAUACAAACGUAGGCAUUUUUGCCUCAAAAUACAUUUCAGUGCUUGUUACAAAUACUGUGUGCCCCAGCACUACUUUAUAAGAAUUUCUAGAACGAGGAAAGGCCAUUUGGCCCACCUAUACUUGCUCACUUAAUGCAAGCACAGACCAUUAACGCUCAGGAGAAAACAAAAAAAACCCUAACCAGGUUAGCAAGGGAAAUUAAACCUCUGGGAAUCCGUGGCUAAACGGACC